AUCAAAAACAUAGCUCAACAUCAAGCCAAGUUGGAUAACAAGUUCUCUCAAGAACAAAAUCCGAUUACCAAUAAGAAAAGCACUUUUCGUACUUGUAUAUAUAUACAUGUACUCGUCUCAAAUUUUCUACUUUGUUUUCUCUGAACAGUUUCCAUAGCGUUUAUUGCUUCUUGGUUUUCUCUCUUUCACGUACAGUCUCAUUGGUUAGGUUCUUUGUGAGAGAAUAUGGCUGGAGGAGGAGGUGUAGUGAUUGCCAGAGGAGGUAGGGAGUAUGCAGGAAGGCUAACACCUUUCGUCCUCGCAACAUGUAUUGUUGCGGCCAUGGGAGGUCUUAUCUUCGGAUACGACAUCGGAAUUUCAGGCGGUGUUACGUCUAUGCCAUCCUUCCUGAGCAAGUUCUUCCCUUCUGUGUACCGGAAGCAGCAAGAAGAAUCGACGACGAACCAGUACUGUCAGUACAAUAGCCAAACACUAACCAUGUUCACGUCGUCUCUCUACUUGGCUGCUCUUGCAUCAUCACUAGUAGCAUCGACUAUUACACGUAAAUUUGGACGAAAAUUAUCAAUGCUGUUUGGUGGUUUACUCUUCUUUGCUGGAGCUCUUGUUAAUGGUUUUGCAAAAGCUGUUUGGAUGCUAAUACUGGGUCGACUUUUACUCGGUUUCGGUAUUGGUUUUGCCAAUCAAGCCGUGCCUCUCUACCUCUCCGAGAUGGCUCCGUGUAAAUACAGAGGUGCAUUUAAUAAUGGAUUCCAGUUAUCAAUCACAGUUGGUAUUUUGAUGGCCAAUGUGUUGAACUAUUUCUUCGCAAAAAUUAAGGGCGGUUGGGGCUGGCGUUUGAGUUUGGGUGGUGCCAUGGUCCCUGCACUUAUCAUCACAAUUGGAUCUUUAAUCCUCCCGGACACUCCUAACUCUAUGAUUGAACGCAACCAGCACGAUGAGGCUAAAGAGAAACUCAAGAAGAUUCGUGGCGUUGAAGACGUUGAUGAGGAAUUCAACGAUCUUGUUAAUGCGAGUAUUGCAUCAAAGAAAGUGGAAGAUCCUUGGAGAAAAUUGUUGCAGAGGAAGUACAGACCACACCUCUCUAUGGCUAUAUUGAUUCCAUUCUUUCAACAAUUCACUGGAAUCAAUGUGAUUAUGUUCUAUGCGCCUGUUCUGUUCAAUACAAUUGGAUUUGGAAACAAUGCUUCGCUCAUGUCUGCUGUGAUCACUGGUUUGGUUAACGCGUCUGCAACUUUGGUCUCAAUUUGCAGAGUUGAUAAGUGGGGUAGGAGGAAACUUUUCUUAGAGGGUGGAGCUCAGAUGUUUGUUUGUCAAAUCGUCGUCGCAGUCUGCAUUGCCGUUAAAUUUGGAGUGGAUGGUAAUCCUGGUGUUUUGCCACAGUGGUAUGCAAUUCUUGUGGUGUUUUUCAUAUGCGUGUAUGUGGCUGGAUUUGCGUGGUCAUGGGGUCCGUUAGGUUGGUUGGUGCCUAGUGAAAUUUUCCCACUGGAAAUCAGAUCAGCUGCUCAGAGUCUUAAUGUCGCAGUCAACAUGGUUUUCACAUUUGUGGUUGCUCAGAUCUUCUUAACAAUGCUUUGCCACUUGAAGUUUGGUUUGUUCAUCUUCUUUGCCGUCUUUGUGGUCGUGAUGUCUGCCUUUGUGUACUUCUUCCUGCCUGAGACAAGAGGUAUUCCGAUUGAAGAGAUGAGCCAGGUAUGGAGGAGGCAUUGGUAUUGGUCGCGGUUUGUGAUUGAUGAUUGCGCAAACGGAGACGUUGAGAUGGGGAAGGCGAAUGGAAGUUCAACAAUCGUAUGAUCGAAGCUCCAUUAGCUUAUAGCUUUUGAUAUUUUCAGUUCAAGUUUCAGUUUUUUAAUAGGAGGUAGUUUUAGCUUUUGAUAUUUUGUAUACAGUCUAUAUAUUUCUUCGCUUUCAGUGUUGGUUUUUCUCAGCUUUUAUAUGUAGUAAUGAAUGAUUAUCUCAGCUUUUAAAGUUUUGG